AUGAGGGUGCAGUUUAUCACUCCUGUUGCAGGAUUUUGCUGGCUCAUCUGCUUCCAGGAGACUCUUUUCUCCAAUGCAGACGAUGCGUGUGCAAAGUCAACCGUCUGUCCUAGUUAUGCGACCUGUAAAGUCAUCCCUGGGGGCUAUCGCUGCGCCUGCAAAUGGGGGUCUGUGUCUAGCACUGGGGAGCAGUAUUUCAUGGAUAAUAGUGUGACGUGCCAAGAUAUCGAUGAAUGUGCCCAGGACCCCCUGCCCUGUGGCCCGAAUGCCUCCUGCCAGAACACUGACAAAAGUUUUGUCUAUAUUGAUGAAUGUUCCCACAACCCAUCGCCCUGCGGCCCCAACUCCAACUGCACCAACACCCAAGGCAGUUACAACUGCACGUGCCGACCAGGCUACCUCCCGCCCAGCGAGCCUGAUGUCCCAUUCUACUGCACAGAGUGUCCCAAGACAGGGGCGCAGGACAAGUCCCCUCAGUACUUCAAAAUGCCGGGCUCUCCCGGCUUCAAGAAAUGUUCUAUCUGUAGGGACUCUAUGCCACUCUCGGACGGUCAUUCCGCCUGUGUCCGUUGUCUCGGGGAGACACAUAUUCCCCAAAAGUGUGGGCACUGUGCCAAACUUACAUCCAGAGCUCGUAAGGAGCGGGAAAGGCGGUUAAAAGAAAUUCUAUUCAAUAAGGCACUGAUGCCUUCUACUUCGGCAGGAUCCUCUGCCUCGGACCCUACCCUGGAGAAGCGGAGGGCUCCUUCCCCAAAGGCACCUUCUCCGAGCAGGAAGAGAGCCUCUCCUGCAAAGUCCCUGCCAAUAGCCCCACAGCCGCGGGGCACAGCAGGAGGAAAGCCGGGUGCCUCUGGUUCCAGGGCAGCCCGUGCACCGGCAGGAAAAAAGCCGCCCGGCACAUCAAAGCCGCGGCCGCAGCCGGCACCGCAGGAGCCCCUUAAAGGGCCAGCUCCGUCGGCACCCACGCUCCCGGUGCCGAGCACUCCAGCCUCCUCACACAGCUCUCCUCGCAGGGAGCUGUCCUCAGCACUGUGUGCACCGGGAGAGCAGCCUGCAGACCAAAUGCCUGCCUCCUCACAUUCCUUUGAAUCUGCAACCCUGCAGCCUUCCUCUCAGGAGCAGCUCCCACCUCAGACUUCUAGGGCACCAUCCCAUUCACAUGCUCGGGUGCUCUCUUGCUCACCCUCUCCGGAGGCAUCUUCUCACACUCUGGGUCGUAGGAAGAGUUGCAGUCGCAGGGUGUCUUCUCAUCAUCAUCAUCAUAGGGAGCGUAGUUGUUCGCAUCACAGGCGCUCUAGGUCUCGAUCUCCUUCCAGACGUUCCACGUACUCAUCACGGCGUUUGUACUAUGAUAGGCAUGGCAGCGCUAGAGCAUCUAAGCAUUCAUCACCUGCACGCUCUGCUCGGCAUGGCUCACAUUAUCAUGACCGUUGUUAUGACGAAUUUUCGCGCUGUAGUCGGUCACGAUCUCGCUGUAGGUCACCAUGCUCUUGUCGCUCCAUAAGUCCAGGUUCCACACAUUCUGGACGGCAGAGACACCCUUCCCGGAGACCCGUGUCGUCCCCACGAUCCCCGACUCCUAGGUCACAGCAAUCAGACCUGGAGGAGGGACAACUUUCUGAGUCAGAACCGGACAAGUCUCCUAAUGCUAAUUCUUCAGUAUCUUCGGCUGUCAAAGUUAUAACUCCGAGCGAGUCGUCACUCCCUGAUGAUCUAAAGGAAUUCCAGGAUCUGUUUCGCCGUGUAGCGCAAUCGCAAGAGGUGCAGAUCACUGAGACUCAAGGAAAACAACAUAAGUUGUUCAAAAAUUUGCAUCCGAAGCAACAGAGAAGGAUUGCCCUACCGAUAGAUGAAGCCAUUAUGGAAGUGGCCGAGGAUAUCUGGCAAACGCCAACCUCAGUGCCACCCACUAACAAAAGAGUGGACAAAAAGUAUUUCGUACCAUCAAAAGGCCUGGAUUUUCUUUUCAAUCAUCCUCAGCCGAAUUCGUUGAUCGUCGAUGCAGUCUGCCAUAAGACAAAGACUUCGCACUUUAAGAAUUCCCUUCCGGACAAGGAUUCAAAAAAACUGGAUUCAUUCGGCCGUAAGGUUUAUUCUUCCUCAACCUUACUCCUUCGGAUCGCCAACUAUGCUGCACUCCUAUCAAACCAUAAUUUUGAUAACUAUUCCAAGCUUCCGGAACUAAUGCAAUAUCUCCCGGACAGUAAGAAACAUCUUUUGAAAGCUGUAGUUCAAGAGGGAUUCGCGGCAUGCAGAACAUCCCUACAAAUCGCUGCUGAUGUGGCGGACACCGCGGCGCGAGCCAUGGCUUCACGCAUCGCUAUGCGCAGGGCGGCCUACUGCACUUUAUUGAACUCCACCUUCAGGGCCUUGGGAGAGCCCUACGAAGAGAAGAACUCAACGGUGUGUCUGGAGGUAAGAGACUCCUGGGUGUUUUAUCGCAACUUUUAG